AGUUGAAUAUUCUACAUCAUAAGGGAACAAACUGUCAAAAACUGUCAGAAGGAAGAUCCAGCUGAAGACACAAAGAGUUAAGUCCAGCGCAGCUCCAAGUCACAGUGCAAUCCUGGUAGUAGACUAAGAGUCCAGAGUUUGGCUGUACACAUUGGGAUGAUAUGCUACAUGCGCUGAUCAGGUAAAAUGGCUCCCAAACCACCAGCAGCAAAAGGUCCAGCGAAACCUGAACGCACCCCAACGAAAAUAGAAGAAUGUCUCAAAGGCUACAAUUGUGCAAUGCUCGGCAUCGUCAUGGUCUUCUGUCUAAUUUUGUAUACCAUUUGGUAUAUCAGUUUAUGUGCUGAAGAAAAGGCAAAACGGGAUCCACUUCGGCAGGCAGUUGCCCAAAUCAGGCAAUAUAUGAUUGCACAGAAUGCUGAGUAUGGCACCCUUAACGAUACCGACCUGAUUAUGGAAGCUGAGAAGGUGGCAAGACAGUUGAUUCCAUGGGCUCAAAAGAUCAAAGAACUUCAAGCAGAGAUUGCUGAACUUCAUUACAAACUGAAUCAUGACUGGACAGCCUAUAAGGGCCACCUGUAUUUAUUUGGUUACCGAUCCCUGAGUUUUGAGGGCACAGUGGAGCUAUGCAAUAAAUCGAAAGCUUACAUAGCUGAUAUUACUGAUGACGUGGAGGAGAGGUUCUUAGAAGACUCAAUUAAGACGAAACAUGGUUCUUACUGGAUUGGAUUGCGUUAUAUUGACAGUGAAUGGAAAUGGGUGGCUCUCGGAACUAAACCUCAAAAAGAAUACUGGAAGGAUGGAGAACCAGGCAGACGUCUAACUAAUAAAUGUGUAAGAAUACAUAAUGAAUGUGAUACACAUUUACAGUGUUGGAGUGCUGUGGAGUGUACCCUUGAGGGAAGAGGCAUUUGCAAGCAGAAACCUGAGAACAAAUGGAUAAACUAGCUCUUUGCUGAACGUUGCACAAAAUUGUACUUGAUGAACCCAGUGAGAAAGAAACGCCACUCGGGGAACCUGCCUCUGAAAAACAGUUGCCCCAGUCAGCCAGCGUGGAGACAUGGAAGAACUCAGGACUUUGACAUCAGCUUCCAAACACCUUUUCCAUCCUGCCUUUUCGGAGAUCAAAGAUACGGUCUUAUUUAGCAAAUUCAGGGACAAGUAAAAAAGAAUGAAAAAAGAAACUGUCUUUUCUGUGUUCGUUCUAUUUCGUUC